GCGUUUCAUUUCAGUUCGGAUUCAGAUUCGUUCACGAAACACCGUGCGUUUAAAAAGUUCCGCCGUCUGUUACUGCUGGUUCGGAGAUUCGUAACAGACGUGUUACGCUUGUUGUUAUUGUUGGUGUUUUUAUUGGGUAGAGCAGAGGGAGCUAUAGGAGCACGAACCAUCGUCGCCGUAUCCCGCCGAGCCGUCCAAACAUCCAACAUCCCGACGACGACGAUGUCGAAAAAGUUGACCAAAUUCCAAAUCAUCCUCGACCGUGGCGCCCUGCUGUACCUUCCCGGCCAGGUACUGUCCGGGCGAGUGCUGCUCGAAACGCAGGCCGACACCGCCGUCCUCGGGCUGCACUUUCACGUGCUGGGUGAGUGUACCGUGCACGUGCCGAAGGGGCGGCGUGACAAGUCGUACGAUAAGGAAAACUACAUCGACUUCCGCAUGAAGCUGCUGGACGAUUUCGACAACAAGCCGAUCCUGCUGUCGCCCGGCAUCCACUGCUUCCCGUUCAAGCUGGGGCUGCCCGUCUCGCUCCCGUCCACCUUUCUCGGCCGGCACGGUUGGGUGCAGUACUAUUGCAAGACCAGCCUGCAGGAAACGUCCGGCAUCACGCACAAAAACCAGCAGGUGUUCAUCGUGCUGAAUCCCAUCGAUUUAAACCUGGAGGUGCCGAUCAUGAGCAGCCCGCUUGAGGCGAACGUCGAUCAUCGCGUAGGCGUCGGUUACAUUGGCGGCACGGUGCGCUGCAACGUGGGACUGGACAAGCGGGCGUACGUGCCUGGCGAGAGCAUUCUGCUUACCGGCGAGGUUCACAACCGUACGAAUGUGACCGUGAAGCUGCUCAAGUAUGCACUCAUCGAGACGGUAAAAUACUUUGUGCACGGUAAGCUGGUGCAUCAGGAGCGCCGUGAGCUGGAUGCAGUUGUGCGUGAUAAAAUAAAGUCCGGUGGACGCGACGUGCUGCAGAAUGGGCAUCUGACGGUGCCGCCACUGCCGCCGACCAAUCUGCUCGGUUGCCACCUGAUCAAGGUGCAGUACAGCGUGUGUGUGCUGGUCGAGCCGAACUUGAUGGAGCGCCAGGAAGCUAUCCGGAUACCGAUCACGCUCGGCACCUACCCGUUCCGGCGUGACGAUGAAAAUCUGCAGGAGUGGGUGGACAACUACGUGCAGUAUCCGGCCGCGUUGCCCGUCUCGCGCGGCACUCCGUUCGAAGUGUUGCACUAGAGCAGCCACACAAACCGCCCUGGGAUGUGAGGAAUCCGUCACUGUCAAGAUUAGUAACGUAAAUUGUAAGCUCGUACAGUAGGUGGGUACGUUAGCAGAUUAAGCGUUUAAUUAAACGGCAAAGACGAGUUGGUGGAGGCAAACACUCAACCUAGCCCACACGUACAGCGUUCGAGAGCGCACGGAAGAGCUAGAGAUUUUAAAAUAAAAUGUCAUACGAAUUUCUAUCAACUCGAAAUAAAGUAUGAUCCACAGGACGGCAAUGCAACGACCGGUUGUGGCAAUGACCGGAUAUACCGCUCAUCGCAAAGGGGAUGCAGAGAUUUUAAUAAUCUUCAAGAUUGUUUCACCUGCCACCCCUCACAGAAACUGCACAGCAUAGCAUCGUUUCGAUUUGCGGACCAGAGCGAUGAGAAUCUUAUUACAGAACGACACAAACACAUUUUCACAGCACUCAGACCCCGGCAGCUCUUGCCUUUCCACCCUGGUAAAAGCGUCCACCGAACCCUGUGAUGCUGUCGUUGGCAGCCAUUCACUUGUAAAGCGUUACAUUUUAAGACAACACUCGCUAGCGGAACAGCAAUUCCGAAGUCUAGGGCGAGUACGGACGCGGCAACU